CCCGACCAUUUGUUUUGUUUUUUGUUUUGAUUUUGAUACUUUCAUAUGUGCUUUGAUAUUUGAAUUAUUUGAUACCAUUUGAUACUCAUUUGUGUCAUUUUUUUAUUUUAUUUAUUUUCGAUUUUAUACCUACUCAUUUAUAUUGCAUAAGUAAAUUUUCUCUGUGUUCAAAAGUCCUCCUAUUUAAACAUAAACUUAAAACCCCAAAACAUGUUUGAAUUUGAGUCUGAAAAUUCAGAGAAACCAGACGAGUAUGACAGAAGAAAAGAAGCUAUUGUAAACUUAGGGUUUAAUUUGGGUGAAAGAUUUGGUAGUUUUGAAGAACUCGAUACCAAAUUUAAAAAAGCAUGUAGAGACAAUUACGUGUAUUUUCACAUAACCAAAUGUCUACCUUUUGAAUCAGUGAAGAGGACACUAAAACACAACUGCAAACCAGAGUUGAAAUAUUACAAUUUGAAAUAUGCUUGCAUAUUCUGCAAUGGUAAACUUAAAGAAACCGGUGGAAAAACAGUGGGAGGCAAAUCAAAAAAAAGUCAUGUUGGUGUUUGUCCAGCAUCAAUAACCAUAAAAAUCACUGAAGAUGGCAAGUUUCUUGAGGUAUUUAAUGUAGAAAAUUAUCAUAAUCAUUCUGUGACCAAACAGGAGUAUGAACAGUUCGUACCCAAACCAGAUACAGAUGUUAGUAACCUAAUUAUUACGGAAAUUUCAAAAGAAGAUAAAUUUGCAAUGGCUUUUGCAAAAGCUAAUCUUAUUGCAAAGCUGGUUUCUGUAAGGGUCCCUCAUAAAGUUCCAGAAAUUAUUCAAAAUCUUGAGGAUUUUUCUUUUUAUUUAGAAUAUACUGGAACCAAACUGACAGAUGAUGAUUAUGAGGAAGAAAUGGAAACUGACGAAAAUAAUGAAACUGUUAUCGAAACUAAAAAUUAAUAAAAACGUUUGUAAUAAUUAUUAUUUGUAGAUUAUUUUACAUGUCCAUU